ACUGGAGCAACGGAUGUUCAAACUUUAUUGAUAUGAGUUUUACUUUCAAAUAAAAGGACUCAUCUGUUCAACCACCGUGGAUGUAUUGUGAAGUUUUUUUACGAGCAUGUCCCUUAUUUCCCCCCGCACUUUUAUAGUCUAAACCAAGGCCGUUGCUAUGGAGGACGUCACGCGGCUUGUGUCGUCAGGUGACUGUCUGAAGAUCUGGGACUCGAGCUCCAUGACAGUGCUGGAGCAGUUCAACCCUCACAGUACCACGCAUCCAGUGGCUCAAAUGUGCUGGAGCAGCAGCAACCAGUACUUGGUCAGUGCCAGCAGUAUAGGAGACAAGCUGGUGGUGACCAGUCUCAAGUCAUCUCCAGUUCCAGUGAUGGAGCUAGGUGAAGGGAAAAGGCAAACCCGUGUUAGUCUGAACUCCACGUCACAGUUCCUGGUCAGCGGAGGACUGGAUAACACGGUUAAUAUCUGGGACCUAAAGACGAAAAGGUUGCACCGAAGCCUUAAGGACCACAAGGAGGAAGUGACAUGUGUGUCUUUUAAUGGAGGUGAUAGCUACACAGCAUCAGGCUCAACUAGUGGAGAUAUCAUCCUUCACAGCAUCACAACCAACUUGUCCAGCAAACCCUUUGGUCAUGGGCCAAAUGUGCCCAUUCAUGAUCUGAGGUACUCGCUGGUGAAGAGGUCUCUGCUGGGCACGGUGUCUGACUGUGGCUCUGUAGCGCUCUGGGAUGCUAACACUCAAAAGGAGCUGCACUUGUUCGAGGGGGCGCACAAAGCCCCAUGUUCAGGGUUGGCCUUCUCUCCGGCCAAUGAUUUACUCUUCAUCACUGUGGGGCUUGAUAAGAAGAUUGUCUGCUAUGACACCUCCAGCAAAAUGGUGUUUCGUAAUAAGCAGGUGGAGUCUCCGCUCACAGCCAUUGAUUUUACUCCAGAUGGAGCUGGACUGGUGGUGGGCUCAACACAGGGCAGAAUUUAUCUGUACGAUUUGAGAAACCUCAGUGCGCCGGUCAAAAUCACCACGGCUCACAAGACGUCAGUGACUUGCAUCCGCUUCCAGAACUCCACCUGCAAGUUAAAGUCCACUAAAACAUCCAGCAAGACUUCUCAAUCAAAUAAGAGGAUCUCAGCUAAACUGGACAUCCAGCAGACGGGACCCUCCACUCCAGCAUCUACACUCCCACCCAGUGUUCCUGGCUCUGAAUUUCCUGGUGAUGGACAAGCCCAAGUCACAGGUUCUGCUGGUGAGGUGUUCUCCAGAGAGGCGGAGGGUCAGCACAGUCAUGCAAAUGUGGAGAAAUUUAGCAGCAUCGGUCGGAACAGCCUAAACCUGGAUAUUUUCUCCCCUCUAAAUGAUGGUUUCAAAACACAUGGCUUGGCUGAAACUCCAACUUCAAGAAAUGGAGGCAGUACAGAUAUGUUCUCGAGGGAAGGGGAAGGCCAGCACAGCACAGACCGGUUCAGAGUCGGCCGAAACAGCUUGGACAUCUUUUCACCUGUACGAGAUGACUUUGAAUACCUACCUCAUUUUCCUGGAGGCUCGUCCCAGAGGAUGACACCCUUGGGCACUCCAGUCAGUCGCUGCUACAGUCCCUCUGUGGUUCAGACUCCUCCACCAAUCAGAGAGGAGGAGCCCAUCACUACCCCACCACAACAGACUGAUUUACUGAACGGCAACAAGGUGGAGAAGAAGAAUGUCCUCCAGCAGGACUUUGAUGUCAUAACCACGCCCUCUGCUGCUCAGAGCACACGUGUCCAGUCCGUGCAGCCGUUCAACACACCUGAGCCCAGUCAGAGGAGAGAUCUGCCCUCCCAGCUCAUCUAUGACUCGCCAGUCAGCGGAUCUCCUUCUGCUGCUGCACCAGCGGCAGCAGCAGCAGUCGAAUCUGGAGCUGAGGGCCGUGGAGCUCCACUAACCUCUGUUCAGAUGAGCUUUGUCCGUAAUAUGAUCAAUGAGGCACUCGAGGACUUCAGGGACACAUGUCAUAGAGACAUUAUCAAUCUACAGGUGGAGAUGGUUCGGCAGUUCUAUAUUCAGCUGAAUGAAAUCCACGGUAUGAUCGAGAAGUCCUCUGUUAACGACUCACUCAUCGAGGAGAUAGAAAGACUGAGACAGGAAAACAAACAACUACGAGCCAAUUAUUAAAUAUAUCUGUAGACACGCAUCUCCCACUGCAGCAAUCCGUGAAUACGGUCCAGAAUCAGAGAGAACAGAGAGAAGCUCCCGUUUCUACUAGUGCCUUCACUCUGCAGACCGCCGCUCACAGUCUGCUCCUCUGUUUGUCAUACUGGCACACACUUUUGUAUUUGUUUCAGGCCAUAAAGGUUGUUUUUGUAAGAUUUCUAUGCCUUAAAAUCAAAUAGCAAGGAAGAGAACACACUUAAAGUUUUUUUUUUUCCAAGGUGUGUAUUUCAUAUGUUCUAGUUUACAGGGAAAAAAUGCAUGUAUUGGCAAUUAAGAUGUGAAAUGCAUGAAUGUUGUAGAGUUGAAGAAGCAUCUCAUUAUGAAUUUUGCCACGAUGGAUUGUGCUCCUCUGUAAAAGCUGUCCAGAUUAGUUUUGCAAAUCACAUGCCAAAAAUGAAAGGACACUGGUGAUGUGUAAGAGUAGGUAGAUGUAUGUAUUUUGCAACUCACAAAUGUGUGUAUUGGAGAUUAUUUUUGAAUGCCCUUGCUUCAAUAACCUUUGGUAUUGGUUUCAUAUGCUUUUGGCAGCACAUUUGCCAACAAAAAUCAAAUGACUAUCUCAAAACCAUUAUCUGUACACUGUGCUCCUAAUCCACAAUUAUAAGGUGUCUUCCUAUAGACUGAUCUAAAUCAUUUCUGCAUUCAUAUGUAGCUGUGUUUUGUUUUCUUUCUGUUUCAUUACAAGCAUGGCAUAAGAUGAUUGCGUUUGGUGUGGUGUUACCUGGAAGACUUUUAUUUUAAAAUACCUAAAUUUGUCUGUGGCCAGAAAGUCAUAUUUUUUAAUAAAUAUAAUAUACAGUUA